CCAUGUGUUACAACACGACCAUGAGCAAGAGGGCCAAAGGCUUGUGGAAAGGGAUCCGCACAAACUCCUCAAACGAGCCUGGAGAAAACAGUCCGCUGCUCAAGAGUGGCGGCGGUGACGAAGGCAGAGACGACGUAGAAGAGGGGAAACAGGCCUUUGCCGACGAAGACGACAUUUCAGACCUGUCGCUGUCCGCCUGGCCCAAGGACUGCGGCCGCUGGGAGCGCGCCUGGUGGGUCCUCAUCUGGCCCAUCUCCCUCGUGCUGUACCUCACCGUGCCCGACUGCCGCGUGGAGCGCUGGAAGAGCUGGUACCCCGUCACCUUCCUCACGUGCAUCGUGUGGAUCGCGCUCACGUCCUACGUGGUGGCCUGGAUGAUCACCGCCAUAGGUGACACGCUGCAGAUCCCGGACUCGGUCAUGGGGCUGACGUUCCUGGCGGCCGGCAUGAGCGUGCCCGAGGCCGUGUCCAGCGUGAUCGUGACCAAGCAGGGCCACGGCGCCAUGGGCAUCAGCAACUCGCUGGGCUCCAACGUGUUCGACAUCCUGCUGUGCCUCGGCCUGCCGUGGCUCGUCAAGGCGGCCUUCUUCCCCGUCGUGCCCAACGACCACGGCGUCAUCAUCAACUCCCGGGGACUGGCCUACUCGGCCAUCUCGCUGCUGUCCACGCUGUUCGCGCUGUACGCCACGUUCCUCUGCAGCCGCUUCCGGCUGGACUGGCGGGUGGGCCUCACCUGCCUGACCCUCUACGCCGCCUACCUCGUGUUCGCCUCCCUCAUCGAGCUCAACGUCUUCUUCGUCGUCAACCUGCCCACCUGCGAGGUGCCCACCUAGUCUGAUAACUCCUCUCUUUCCUGUACAUAGUGAAAUACACGUUUAUUUAUCUCUGC